AUGACCGCUGAUUCUAUUCAAAUGGCCUGCAUGGCUGACUUGGGACGCCAACGUCAAGAAGAGCUCCCUUUGAGCAACAAAGAGGGCAAAGGCAAAGGGCCAUCAUUUGCUCCAUCUCGGCGUAACGGCACAGGUCACAUCGCUCCAGACUUGAAGAAGGGGCUGGAAACAAAAUGGAAUGUCCAAAUCAACGAUGAGGAAUCUGAGCAAAUGAAGGGCCUCGCCGUUGAGGAUAGCCGUCCGUGGGCAAAGAAAAUUGCACAAGAUUUCAUUAGCCGACACCAGGUUUUCACAGCACCACCGAGGAUUCGUCAAGAAUCAAAGGGACAUAAACGUGUAAAAGCAAACUAUUUUCAGAAGACACCGGCGGCUAGUCUUGGUGGUCUCAUACCUCCUGGCGGGAGUGUGCGGCAUUUCAGCGCCUCCAAGUCCACCAGAAGACUUCUGCCGAAAUCACCAGUUCGAAGUAUCAUUGCUAACGGUCCGGGCACACCGCUGAAUACCAACAACUGCGAUUUACAGACGCUUCGUUCAGACCCAAAGAGCACAAUGGCUUCUCCAAGCCCCGGCCCAGCAGUCCCUGCUGAGCAGUCCCACGGUUCUCCUACGCCUGUAUCUAUGAGCCUUCCUAUUCGACCCUCUGAGCCGCAGGACCCCGAGCACAUUGUUUUGCGUGGCAUUUGCAAGUUGCUGAAUCCAAAGGACCGAUCAGUUCUCUUUGUAGUAUCAUACAUUAUGAAGGUUCGAAAAGACACGGAUGAGGGCUACCUCGUUCUGUCUAGCUCAGGCAAAGAAGACAGGAUUCAUAAUGUCUUAGAGCUCAUGGCUCCGGAUACAAGGGACGAUUGUUGCCGCGUGUGCUCUAGGGCUGAGAAGAACGGUUUCGCCUAUAUCUUGCAGUUUCCUAAUAUCCCUGAUGCUCACAAGUUCAAGAUUUACCUUGAGAGUCUUCAGCAAGCAGCCGCUCGCGAAGCUAGCAUGGAACAAGCUCCCACGCCUGCCAAAGCUGCACAAGAACCUCCCACUUCACCCCAUACAUCACGUCCUGUCGUUGAUUCGCCAUCUCCCGGCAUGGAACUGAUAGAUUUGAGGUCUCCAUCUUGCUCUCAGACAGCGCAGAGAGAGUUCAUUAUCGAGGAUGCGGCCGAGAAACUCCUCGGGCUAAUCGACAAGAUUCUACCUGAAGCUUCUGAAGCCGGUUUGGUACUCUCGGAUGACACAGUAGCCCACAUACAAGAGGUUGCCAUUAAUGAUUGGCUUCACAGAGGGUUCCUCGCCUCAGAGACCGAUGACAUGAAGACUGACCUUCUCGAACUUCUCCGCAUUCUGGUGCGAAUCAAGCGCAGAGCGGAGUCCCGAAGGCAGGCACUGCCUGUGACCCAAUCCUUUCAAGGCUUUGACGUGGAGUCACGAUCAAACCGGAUCACUUACAGUGCAUCAGAACUUGAGAUGAUUAAUAUUGAGAUGAUUAAUACAAUGCAGCAUCAAGAGGCCCCGACGGGCAAAUUUAUAAAAUACGCAGCAUCAGAACUUGAGAUGAUUAAUAAAAUGCAGCCUCAAGAGUCCCCGAUGGGCAAAUUCAUAAAAUACACAGCAUCAGAACUUGCGCGUAUGGGAGGUGCGGCAAUGUCAGCGCAAUCGCCGCGCAUAGCUGAUAACGGCGCUACCGCUUCGCGGCCAUCUACCCGGGGGCUGGGUACGUCACGAUGGGCUCGUGAUUAA